UUGGCCAAAAUAAAAUAGUUGGCCUAAAGAAAGCUUAAGCUGUCGGAGUGACGCCGUCCGGUGUCAGCCACAGCUCUCCGACAGCGCUUUCUCUUAUUCCUUAGGGUUCCGGAGGGCAUAUCUCGCUUCUUUUAACCCUAUUUAUUCCACAAUCAACACAAAACCACCAACAAAAUAUUGUAUAUCGACUUUGAUCAGUUGAUGAUGCUUCGCAAAAGAGCAACUACUCAAACAUAUUCAAGACCGCACCUUUCAAAGAAAUCAAGGAAAGAAGAAGAAGACAUGAUCACCCAAUUACCGGAAGACGUUCGCCGCCACAUUCUCUCGUUCUUGUCUACUAAACACGCCGUGUCCACUACCAUCCUUUCAAGAAGUUGGAAAAACCUAUGGACCUUGGCUUCAACCAAAAACCUAGAGCUUGACGACAGCAUACUCCUCCAUCCCGAAAGUAAUUCCGAAACCAUUCACCACCAUCCUUCUUUAUUUUCUGAUUUCGUGAACCGUGUACUCGGCCUCAUCAGUGUGCCAUGUAUUCAAACACUCAAACUCUGUUGCUCCUACCCUUACGACCCAGAUCACAUAAAUUGUUGGUUACAUACGGCAUGCAAAUACAAUGUCAGUGAGGUUAAUAUCAGAGUAUACGGUCAAAACCCUAUCAAAUUGCCUUCGAAUUUGUACGGUAGUACUUGGCUGGUUGUACUGAAAUUAAACGCGAAUGUAAGUCUCGACUUUCGGGACUCCAUCUCUUUUCCAAGACUCAAGGUGCUUUGGAUAAAGGUUUAUGACACAAACGAUGUUAACUUGACGCAGAAGCUUUUCAGAGAUCACAUCUGCCCUAUUCUUGAAGAGUUGUUCAUAGAGGGUGAAAUAUUGGAUGAGAAUAGCAGAGUGGUUUUGUUGGUGAUAUUGAGUUCACUUAAGAGGUUGAAAAUUGAAUACCGUUUGGCACAUAGUUUUCAGGGUGGUAUUGAGUACAAUUUUGUGUUGCAUUGCCCUAACCUUGAGUGCCUUGAUCUCCGUGAUGACUUCUUGGCCAAGUAUAGUGCUAGGGAUUUGAAAGUUCUUGACUAUGCAAAGAUUAGUAUUGGAUACCCCUGUGCAGAUUAUGCGGCAUUUGAUCUUUAUGGCGAUGUAAAUCCCUCCAAUCGUGCGUUUGAGGUCCUCAAAGAACUCUCUAAUGUCAAGUCUCUAUCAUUAUCUGGUGGUACUACAAAGGCUCUCAGUUGUUCAUAUGAGACUGCACAACAUACCGGUUUAGAUGAUGAUGAUGAAGAUGCAUUACUCAUCCGCUUGAGAAAUUUUGAGCUGUAUUUUCGAUUUUUGACCUUUUUGGAGCUGGGUUUCCGUACCUGUGAGAGCUGGAGUUUAUUGCCCUUAUUACUGCAUAGCUCGCCUAAUGUGGAGUACCUUAUCUUAAAGAAGGAAUUGGAUUUAACUAGUUGUCGUUACAAAACAGUAUUCUUCUGGAGACCGGAAGGACCUGUUCCGGAAUGCAUGUCUCUUCAUCUCAGAGAAAUCGAGAUCUGGGGAUUUCAGGGGGAAUCGCAGGAGUUGGCAACUGUAGAGUUUUUUUUGGGGCAUGCAGAAGUGUUGCAAAAGAUGACUAUUCAUGUCCAAGAAGCAUCACCAAACAUGAUGUUUUCCGAGCAUGUGUUACAAAUCCCCAGAGUUUCAGAAGCAUGUGAAGUGGAGAUAAUAUCAACAAAAAGUUGCAUACAAUGAAAUUUUUUCAUAGACCAAAUCACGUUUACUGAUUGAAAAAAAUUAAUGAAAUCAAGAGUUGUUGAGAGUUUUUGUCCACUGAUGUUUUUCAACCUUCUUUUCU